ACUUUGGGCUGUGACUGCCGCCGCUGCCACAGCCAGCGCAGUCGGGCGGAGGUGGCGCUGCCUCUUCAGGCCCUCUUUAACAUCGGUCUUCCUAAUCGAUGUAUUCUCGGCAGCAGCUGUCCCACGCACUGCCUUAUACCUGAAAAAUGUCUGAAAAUUCCAGUGAUAGUGAUUCUUCUUGUGGUUGGACUGUCAUCAAUCAUGAGGGGUCUGAUAUAGAGAUGGUGAAUUCUGAACAUGGUGCAGCCAGUGACAGCCGUGAACUCACUCCAGAAUGUUCAUUUUUAGAGCAAGAGGAGCCACAGGUAUUGGAAUUAGAGCAGGGAGAAAGCAGCCAAAAUGGCACAGUGUUAAUGGGAGAAACUGCUUAUCCAACUUUGGAAGAAACAAAGUCAGCCCUUGAGGUAGAGGAAGAAAAGCCAUCUGAAGACAAUGUCUAUUUUGGAACUGUCAGUGAUGAUUCUGAUAUUGUUACCCUUGAACCACCUAAGUUAGAGGAAAUUGGAACCCAAGAAGAAUCUCUAAUUGUCAAAGAAGCACAGAAUCCAGAAGACUUUAACAUGGGCUCUUCCUCUAGCAGCCAGUAUACAUUCUGUCAGCCAGAAACUGUAUUUUCAUCUCAACCUAGCGACGACGAAUCAAGUAGUGAUGACACCAGUCCUCAGCCCAGUCAUGCCUUUAGACGACGCCGUGCUAGGAAGAAGACUGUUUCUAGUUCAGAAUCUGAAGAGCGGCUACUUGCUGAACAAGAAACCGAACCUUCCAGGGAGAAGUUGUAUAAGUACCAAUUCAGCAGUGGUCUCAAUAAAUGUGUUAUACUUGCUUUGGUGAUUGCAGUUAGCAUGGGAUUUGGACAUUUCUAUGGUACAAUUCAGAUUCAGAAACGUCAACAGUUGGUCAGAAAGAUACAUGAAGAUGAAUUGAAUGAUAUGAAGGAUUAUCUUUCCCAGUGUCAACAGGAGCAAGAGUCUUUUAUAGAUUAUAAGUCAUUGAAAGAAAACCUUGCAAGGUGUUGGACCUUUACUGAAACAGAGAAAAUGUCCUUUGAAAGUCAGAAAAAGAACCUUGCUACAGAAAAUCAGUAUUUAAGAUCAUCUCUGGAGAAGGAAGAAAAAGCCUUAUCUUCAUUACAGGAAGAGCUAAGGAGACUAAGAGAACAGAUUAGGAUACUGGAAGAUAAAGGAACAAGUACUGAAUUAGUUAGUGAAAAUCAGAAACUUAGGCAACAUUUGGAAGAGGAAAAGCAGAAAAUAAAUAGCUUCCUUAAUCAAAGGGAGACUCUGCUGGCAGAAGCAAAGAUGCUAAGAAGAGAACUGGAGAGAGAACGACUAAGAACUGUUGCCUUAAAGAUGGAACUUCAGCAGUUAAUCACUAGACAGUCCUAUGGUGACCCAUACUCUCCCACUGUAUUGGCUGAAAAAAAGGAAAUAGAAACCUUACGGGGAAGACUCACUGAGCUGGAGCAGAAGCUAACAUUUGAACAGCAGCGUUCUGACUUGUGGGAAAGACUAUAUGUUGAGGCAAAAGAUCAAAAUGGAAAACAAGAAACUGAUGGAAAAAAGAAAGGGGGCAGAGGAAACAGGGCUAAAAAUAAGUCAAAGGAAACAUUUUUGGGUUCAGUUAAAGAAACAUUUGAUGCCAUGAAAAAUUCAACCAAGGAGUUUGUGAGGCAUCAUAAAGAAAAAAUUAAACAGGCUAAAGAAGCUGUGAAGGAAAAUCUAAAAAAAUUCUCAGAUUCAGUUAAAUCUACUUUUAGACAUUUCAAAGAUAACACCAAGAAUAUCUUUGAUGAAAAGGGGAAUAAAAGAUUUGGUGCUACAGAAGAAGCAGCAAAAAAACCAAGAACAAUUUUUCGUGAAUAUUUACAUCCACAGAGUAAGGCAGCUACACAAAACCAGAACAGUAGAGGCCCUACUAUACAAAGAGAGGAAAGGAAAGAAAAGCCAGUUCAAUUUAAGGAUGUGGGAAAAAAUACAAAUUCCCAGAAAUGCAGUGCUGAACCUCAGUGUGGUAAAAAUUAUCAUUCUUUGAGAAAGGCUUGUUUUGGUGUAUUUGACUGCGCUCGACAGGAAUCCAUUAGCCUUUUUAAUACAGUGUUGAAUCCUGUAAGGAUAGAUGAAUUUAGACAAUUAAUUGCAAGAUACUUAUUACAAGAACUGAAUGGUUUCUAUCAUUGGAAAGAACUUGAUCAAUUCAUCAGUCAGUUUUUUCUGAAUGGUGUCUUUAUACAUGAUCAGAAGCUCUUCUCUGACUUUGUUAACGAUGUUAAAGAUUAUCUUAAAAACAUGAAGGAAUAUCAAGUAGAUAAUGAUGGAGUGUUUGAGAAUUUGGAUGGAUAUAUAUAUAGACACUUCUUUGGUGAAACAUUUUCCCCUCCAUAUGGACCCAGGUCGGUUUACAUAGCACCAUGUUAUCAUAAUAGUUUCUAACAUUUAUAGUUUGGAUAGCAUUUUUAUCAUUUGAUAAAAGUUUUCUUGGAAGGUUCCUAUUUGUAAAAAACAUACUUUAUUGCCGCUGGGAAUUCAGGAGAAGUUUAAAACAUAAUUUUUAUAUUAUAACUAUUACAAAUUGCAGAUUUCAUAUAACAGUUUGACUUGGGCAAGUGAUUUAAUUCUUACCUUAAAGAAUCUGUGAAGGAGAUAUGAAAUCCUAUUUUAGCCAAUUUUGCUUCUCUUCAGUAUAGUUUAUAUGAAAAGAUAAUCACCUUAAGUGCAAUUAUUUUCAUUUAAGGUUUUAUUUAUAUACUCACUUGGGGAGGCAAGGAUUAAGCACAAAUUUUACUGUGAAUUCAGAAGAGCUAAUGUAUAACAAUUCUAGUUUCUCACCUAUUUUCAUUUGCCCAUUCUGUUUACCAACUUAAUUAUGGUAUUUUUAUUACAUUUUUUACAGAAUUUUUGUUGAUAAAGAGGAAUGAUCAAAGAGGCAGACUUAGUAUGCCAGAAGUUCUGUGUGUGCUUCCUGUAUACAUAACUUUAAAAAAUAACUUUUUGCCCAUCAUUUAUCAGCUUUAUCUUGUAACAUAGAACUUAUCUAAUUUUGAGGUGUUAGCUUCCUUUUUAACCUUUGAGAGUUAUGUGUAUAUAUAUAUAUACACACACACAUAGAUUUAUAUAUCUUUUUGAAUAAAUGCGUUGUGUCUAUAAAAUAAUGAGACUGGUUCUGAUAUCUUUAGUCAUUAAACAUAUCUAGUUCUUAUAACGAGCAGAGCAGUAUUGAGAAUGCCCUGAGGAAACAAAUGAAAAAUUUUUGCUGUCAGAGUUCACAGCUGGUGGAGUUAUGUAAACCAAUAAUAAAGUCUAAGAGAUAAAAUGAAGGUACAAAUAUAUGUUUACGGUGACCUCAGGCUGGAGAUGUUCGGGAAGGCUUUAUGAGUGAGAUGGCCUUUGAAAUGAACUUUCUGCAAACUGACUUUUGAAGGAAAAAUGGGAAUUUGCCAGGCAGAUAGGGAGGGCAUUCCACUUAAACUUCGUUUCAAAAAUUUGGAGAUAUGAAGAUAAGCCACUUCAAGGAGGUAGGGUAGUGCCAGGGGUGAUUGGAAGAAAAGAUUCAGAUCAUGAGGGGCCUCAUUUUAUGCUUAAAGGAUUUGUCCUGCAGGACAUGGAGAAUCUGAAGGAUUUUGAGCUUGAGUAGAAUAAGAAUAUAUUGCAUAUUAGAUCACUGGCUGCAGCCUGGAGGAUGGAUUGGAAAGGGAGGAGCUGGAGGGGAGGUCUUUGAAACAAUCCAGCUCUUGAAUAUCUGAACUAGAACAAUAGGAGGAGUGGAAAGAAGGACACCAAUUUGAACAACGGGAAGUAACAUUGGUGAUAUUGGUUGUGAAAGAGAAUUGGAAAGGGACUGUGAUAUCCAGAUUUCUGGGUUGGUUCACUAGUUGGAUGUGAUAACACCAAGAUAGAAGAAGGUUUUGGACAAGGGAAUUGGAGAUGAGAAUUUUGUUUGUAGGUGCCCAUUACAUCCAGCUGGAGAGGAUGCUGGCCAUUGGUUAUAUGGAUCUAGGACUCCCCAUAUCUAGUUCUGAGUGUGCGUGUGUGUGUGUGUUCUAGGUUGGAGAUCAGACUCC